GAUUUCCCGGGGAACAGAGAAGCGGGCAGCGCUCGGCGGCGGCCGCCGAGAGACGGUUACUCCAUUUUACCCCCCUUACCGGAGCCGACCAUCCCUCGUAUCCGCCCAGGCCCAGCCGCCCCUCACCCUCUCCACUGCCCGAGCUGAGCAGCCGCCGCCCCCGCCGGGAAGAGGAGGAGGGGCCCGGGGACCCCCCACCCCGCCCGGAGCAGCCGCCGGGGCCGGGGCGCCCUCCCACAGCCCGACACCGCCAGGGACCGUCCCUCUCGAGUAGCCGGGGCGGGAGCAGCCGCCGCCGACCCCGCCAGCGGCGGGAGGAGGGGCCCGAGGGCCGCCCCCGCGUGAGGAGAAGGGGCCCGGACAGCCCCGGCGGGGCGCGAUCCCCCUGGGCACAGGGGAGGCUUUGAGCAGGUUUUGUAGUGCUUCCCUGAGCAUGAGUUCAGAAUGAAGCGGCGAUUGGAUGAGCAGGAGUCACCGGUGUACGCGUCACAGCAGAGACGUAUCACCAGCAGCACAGAAGCUUUCCAACACCAGCACCGUGUGCUUGCUCCAGCACCUCCUGUAUAUGAGGCGGUUUCGGAGACCAUGCAGUCUGCUGCUGGAAUUCAGUACUCUGUAACUCCCAGCUACCAGGUGUCAGCUGUGCCACAGAGCUCAGGCAGUCAUGGCCCUGCUAUCGCGACCGUCCAUAGCGGACAUCAUCACACCACACCAGUGCAGCCUCAUGGAAGCCAGGUGGUGCAGAGUCAUGCUCACCCGACCCCUCCAGCAGCACCAGUGCAGGGGCAGCAGCAGUUCCAGAGGCUUAAGGUGGAGGAUGCGCUCUCCUAUCUUGACCAGGUGAAGCUGCAGUUUGGUAGUCAGCCUCAGGUCUACAAUGAUUUCCUGGAUAUAAUGAAGGAAUUUAAGUCUCAAAGUAUUGACACUCCAGGGGUGAUCAGCCGCGUGUCUCAGCUCUUCAAAGGUCACCCUGACUUGAUCAUGGGCUUCAAUACCUUCUUGCCACCUGGCUACAAAAUUGAGGUGCAGACUAAUGAUAUGGUGAAUGUGACAACACCAGGGCAGGUUCACCAGAUCCCCACUCAUGGCCUCCAACCACAGCCGCAGCCGCAGCCUCAGCAUCAAUCCCAGCCUUCAGCACAGUCAACCCCAACCCCAGCACAGCCUGCACCACAGCCACCACCUGCCAAAAUCAGCAAGCCAUCACAAUUGCAGGCACAUACGCCAGCCAGCCAGCAGACUCCCCCAAUUCCUCCAUAUGCAUCACCACGCUCUCCACCUGUGCAGCCUCAUACACCUGUGACAAUCUCUCUUGGAACCACACCAUCCCUGCAGAACAAUCAGCCAGUUGAGUUUAAUCAUGCCAUCAACUAUGUCAACAAGAUCAAGAAUCGGUUCCAGGGACAGCCAGACAUCUAUAAGGCCUUCCUGGAGAUCCUCCACACGUAUCAGAAAGAGCAGCGGAAUGCCAAGGAGGCAGGUGGUAACUACACACCAGCUUUGACAGAGCAGGAGGUGUAUGCACAGGUGGCGCGCCUCUUCAAGAACCAGGAGGAUUUACUCUCUGAGUUUGGGCAGUUCCUGCCAGAUGCUAACAGCUCUGUGCUGUUAAGCAAGACAACUGCAGAGAAAGUGGAGUCGGUGAGAAAUGACCAUGGUGGAACAGUCAAGAAACCCCAGCUCAACAACAAGCAACAAAGACCCAACCAAAAUGGCUGUCAAAUCAGACGGCACUCAGGAACUGGAGCAACCCCACCAGUGAAGAAGAAACCAAAGCUGCUUGGUUUAAAGGACCAGUCAUUGGCAGAAGCCAGCAAACAUGGGGUGGGGACAGAAUCUCUGUUCUUCGAGAAGGUCCGCAAGGCUCUACGUAGCACGGAGGCAUAUGAAAAUUUUCUUCGCUGCCUGGUUAUCUUUAAUCAGGAGGUGAUCUCCCGGGCUGAGCUUGUGCAGCUGGUUUCUCCGUUCUUGGGGAAAUUCCCGGAACUGUUCACUUGGUUUAAAAACUUUCUGGGUUACAAAGAGUCAGUUCACAUGGAGACAUUUCCAAAAGAACGGGCUACAGAGGGGAUUGCCAUGGAGAUAGACUAUGCUUCUUGUAAGAGACUGGGCUCCAGCUACCGAGCCUUGCCCAAGAGUUACCAGCAGCCCAAGUGCACCGGGCGGACUCCGCUAUGUAAAGAGGUUUUGAAUGAUACUUGGGUCUCCUUCCCUUCCUGGUCUGAGGAUUCUACCUUUGUUAGCUCCAAGAAGACACAAUACGAAGAACACAUCUACAGAUGUGAGGACGAGCGUUUUGAGCUGGAUGUGGUCUUGGAGACUAACCUGGCAACAAUCAGAGUCUUAGAGGCAAUCCAAAAGAAACUCUCCCGCUUGUCUGCUGAGGAGCAAGCCAAAUUCCGUCUGGACAACACUCUGGGUGGCACGUCGGAGGUGAUCCACCGCAAGGCGCUGCAGAGGAUAUAUGCUGACAAAGCGGCCGACAUCAUAGACGGGCUGAGGAAAAACCCAUCUGUUGCAGUUCCUAUUGUGCUGAAAAGAUUAAAAAUGAAAGAAGAAGAGUGGCGAGAAGCCCAGAGAGGAUUCAACAAGGUCUGGAGGGAGCAGAAUGAGAAAUAUUACCUGAAAUCCCUGGAUCACCAGGGCAUCAACUUCAAACAGAAUGACACCAAGGUCCUGAGGUCAAAGAGCCUCCUCAAUGAGAUUGAGAGCAUCUACGAUGAGAGGCAAGAGCAGGCAUCAGAAGAUAAUGCUGGAGUUCCCAUAGGCCCACACCUGUCACUAGGCUAUGAGGACAAGCAAAUCCUGGAGGAUGCUGCUUCUCUUAUCAUCCACCACGUGAAACGGCAGACAGGAAUUCAGAAAGAGGACAAGUACAAAAUCAAGCAGAUCAUGUACCAUUUCAUUCCGGACCUGCUGUUUGCUCAGCGGGGCGAGCUCUCCGACGUGGAGGAGGAAGAAGAGGAGGAAAUGGAUGUGGAUGAAGCCACUGGGGCUGCGAAAAAGCACAACGGAGUUGGGGGCAGCCCCCCUAAAGCCAAGCUGCUGUUCAGCAACACAGCAGCCCAGAAGCUACGAGGGGUGGAUGAAGUGUACAACCUCUUCUAUGUCAACAACAACUGGUACAUCUUCAUGCGGCUUCACCAGAUCCUGUGCUUGCGGCUGCUGAGGAUUUGCACCCAGGCCGAGCGGCAAAUCGAAGAGGAGAACCGGGAAAGGGAGUGGGAGCGGGAAGUGCUAGGCAUAAAACGAGACAAGAGUGACAGCCCAGCAAUUCAGCUGCGAUUGAAAGAGCCCAUGGAUAUUGAUGUGGAGGAUUACUACCCAGCUUUCCUGGAUAUGGUGCGGAACCUGCUAGAUGGCAACAUGGAUUCGUCCCAGUAUGAGGAUUCCCUGCGUGAGAUGUUCACCAUUCAUGCCUACAUCGCCUUUACCAUGGACAAGCUGAUCCAGAGCAUUGUUAGACAGCUUCAGCACAUAGUGAGCGAUGAGAUCUGCGUGCAGGUGACAGACCUUUACCUAUCGGAGAAUAGCAACGGAGCUACCGGAGGCCUGCUGUCCUCACAGUCAACUCGGGCCCUUGGGGAGGCCACGUACCAGCGCAAAGCCGAGCAGCUCAUGUCAGAUGAGAACUGUUUCAAGCUGAUGUUCAUUCACAGCAGAGGCCAGGUCCAAUUAACCAUCGAGCUGCUGGACACCGAAGAGGAGAACUCAGAUGACCCUGUAGAGGCAGAGCGUUGGUCAGACUAUGUAGAGCGGUACGUCAACUCUGAUUCUACCUCUCCCGAACUUCGGGAACACCUGGCCCAGAAACCGGUUUUCCUGCCCAGGGAUUCUCUGGUUUACAGGAACCUGAGGCGGAUCCGUAAGUGUCAGCGUGGUCGGGAGCAGCAGGAGAAGGAAGGGAAGGAGGGAAACAGUAAGAAGUCCAUGGAGAAUGUGGAGAGCUUGGACAAGCUGGAGUGUAAAUUCAAACUGAACUCCUAUAAGAUGGUGUACGUGAUCAAAUCGGAGGAUUACAUGUACAGGAGGACCGCUCUGCUGCGUGCUCAGCAGUCCCAUGAAAGAGUGAGCAAGCGGCUGCACCAGCGGUUCCAAGCCUGGGUGGACAGAUGGACCAAGGAGCAUGUGACUCGGGAAAUGGCAGCUGAGACAAACAAGUGGCUAAUGGGAGAAGGGUUGGAGGGUUUGGUGCCCUGUACCACUACCUGUGAUACAGAGACCCUGCACUUUGUGAGCAUUAACAAGUACCGUGUCAAAUACGGCACGAUAUUCAAGACACCGUAAAGUCCCUGAGUGAGGGAAGAUCACGUGGUGUGUGUAUGUGUGUGUGUAUCAAGGAAAGGAGGAAGAUGCCUUUCUCCCUUCACUGUGUAUCUCCGUAACAUGGCCAGUUGACUAGUGCGAAGCUGGUACAGUCUGUCACCAGCGGGAUUCGGUUUAGGAAAACGAAUCUCUACAAACCUAAGCUGGAACUGUUGCCAACAGGCCUCUGACUUCAGCGUGCACUGUGGAGGGAAGGACCCUUUUCAGAACUGAGUGAUUCUAGAGAAAUGCAGCUAGCUCGUACGCACCAGCAGUUUUGAGACUAACUCCUCAAUGGCCUGAGCUUCAAGGGAAGAGAACUGGAUGUUGCAUACAUCCUGACCGGAGUGGUGCAUUUAAAGUUACAUGCUCAGAUAUGUCGUGAAACCCAGAGGUGCCUAUCACAACUGGAUUCUCCUCUGUUAGGCUGCUGCAGGUUUGUCAGGAUCUCACCUGGGGUCACCCAUCUGUGCAGUCCAGCUGUCGAGAACACCAUUUCCUGGAUCUGACCCUCGACUCCUCCCUCCUUCACCCUGCUGGACUCCUGAUUCAGCCAGUUCAGAUUGGUCUGUCCUUUCUAGUGCCAGUUGGAUUGUUUUGUACCUGCUUCUUUACUAGUCUUUCCUAGUGCCAUGCACCAGCUUUUCACACACAUACGCACACACAGCAGAAACAACACAAUUUUAACAUGUUCCCCUUCCUUUUUGUAAAUAAAUGUACAUAUUGUCAA